UGCAUCAACCACAGGUGGACAUAUUUCAAACCCUUAUCACACCAACAUAGGAGCAGAAUGAAGCUGUUGCUGGUUGUUGCUGCUGCUCUGGCCGUGGCCAGCUGCGCCAGCAUUUCUCUGGAAGACCUGGAGUUCCACGCCUGGAAACUCAAGUUUGGAAGGUCCUACAACUCUCCGGCAGAAGAGGCUCAACGCAAGGAAACCUGGCUCAUCAACCGCAAACUGGUGCUGGUGCACAACAUCAUGGCAGAUCAGGGCAUCAAGUCCUAUCGCCUCGGCAUGACCUACUUUGCUGACAUGGAAAAUGAAGAGUACAAACGCCUGAUUUCCCAGGGCUGCCUGGGCGUCUUCAAUGCGUCUCUGCCUCGCCGGGGCUCUGCUUACUUCCGGCUGCCUGAAGGAGCUGAUCUGCCCAACUCUGUUGACUGGAGGGACAAGGGAUACGUCACUGAUGUCAAGGAUCAGAAACAGUGUGGCUCCUGCUGGGCCUUCAGUGCCACUGGCUCGCUGGAGGGUCAGACCUUCAGGAAGACAGAGAAGCUGGUGUCUCUGAGCGAGCAGCAGCUGGUUGACUGCUCCGGCGACUAUGGCAACGAGGGUUGCAAUGGAGGCCUGAUGGACAACGCCUUCAAGUACAUCAAAGCCAACGGAGGGAUAGACACAGAGGACUCGUACCCUUAUGAGGCUGAGGAUGGCCAGUGCCGUUACACUCCUGACAAAGUUGGUGCCACAUGCACAGGCUACGUUGAUGUGACACAAGGCGACGAAGAUGCACUGAAGGAGGCUGUGGCCACCAUCGGACCAAUCUCCGUGGCCAUUGAUGCUUCUCAUGGGUCCUUCCAGCUGUACGAAUCAGGAGUGUAUGAUGAGCCAGAUUGCAGCAGCUCAGAGUUGGACCAUGGUGUUCUGGCUGUGGGUUACGGGACUGACAACGGACAAGACUACUGGCUGGUCAAGAACAGCUGGGGUCUUGGAUGGGGAACCAAGGGAUACAUCAUGAUGACCAGGAACAAACACAACCAGUGUGGCAUUGCUACUGCAUCCAGUUACCCCCUGGUCUGAGCAGGUCCAGGAAUUUCCUCAGGAAGGAGGAGAAAAGUGACACAUAAUUUACUUUAAUUUCAUAAAGAAUCUGAGUUUUGCCGUUCAAUGGAUGUCAGUAGGAUCUUUCUGCACUGUUAAAAUGAUUUACGUUUUAUUAAGAUUGUAAAUAAAUGUGAAGACAUUGUAUUGUUUUACAACGAAAAAAAUAAACAAACAUGUAUG